CUCACUCAGGUCAGACUUGGAAGAGUUUUUAAAAAAUGUCCAGGCAGACAAGUCCAUCCUCCUGUUGGGGAUUGCUUUUCUCAGUGAUGAAAAAAAAGUUUUCGUUGAACAAACUGAACCGCUUUUCAAUUUAGAAAAAUGAUCCAUUAUAUGGUUUUGUAACCAACAGAAGACUAUACACAAAUACGUACCAUGAUCCAAUUUGUAAACAAUGUCGGUACGUUUAUAACAUCGAGGUGAGGCGUAUUUGCAGUGAUACAAUAUUAAACGCAAGCUGUCAACUUUAGAUCCCAGUUCAGUUUCGAGAGCUGGCGAAAGAGAUGUCCUGCUGGCGAGAUGAGUAAACAAGUUAUGAUUGACAGAUGGGCGUGCACAAUCUGCAAAAAUGAUGACGGUACUAAAUUAAGUUAAAAUUAUUUUUCUCUAAUUAAAAAAAUAGACUGUUGGUCCUUUAGAGAGUUUCUGGCCAACGCCAGUACUUGCACAGAAAAGCUCUAAGUCGAUACAAGUUUAUUUAUUUAUUUAAAAGUAAAGCAGUUAGGCUAGAGUUGAUGAUUUUUGUAAAAAAUAAAAAAUAGCCCUCUGAUCCCAGAAGAUUUUCCACAUUUUCAAAAUCAUUUUGGCCGCUCGUUAUAAAGUGAACAACAACACGUCCAAGUUAAACAAUAAAACUGGCAACGUCUUUGCAUACAGAGGCAACUAUACUGAGUUCCAACAGAUGCAUUGAAGUUAAAACAAUAUAAGAAGGAAGGAGACCACCCAUGCUGUGUGCUGGUGCUCUCUGGGGGUAAGGCCACAGACACUGAGGUAUGAGGUCCGAUAGACAUGUGAGUGAUGACAGAGCUUCCAUGGUUUCCAUGGAGACGGGAGCAUCAGCGGUUGCACCAGGGCCUACGGAGCGAGGAGGUGGAUUGCGGCAGCUUUCAUUUGCAUACCAGGACCUGAUAGAGAUACCCUAUGACGUCAUCCUGGAGCAGCGGGACACCUUGGAGGUCUUGGAUCUCAGCUAUAACCUACUAGAGGAGAGCCCAGCUCUGCUAGGAGAACUGGAGAAGCUCGCUACCCUCAUCCUGGACUGCAACAACUACAACGCUCACGUGAAGUUUCCCUACUUACCCAGUAUCACCACCGUGUGCAUCAACAGAAACAGGAUCAGCAACCUUCCCAUCUUUAUCGAGGAGGUACGGAGGAAGUUCCCCAACAUCAGGAUUCUCAGCAUGAUGAACAAUGAAGCUGCUCCCAGCUACUUUAAUGGAGGGAGUUUGACCCAAUAUAUAGAUUACAGGCAGUAUGUGAUCAGCCAGAUCCCCACUCUGGAGGUGCUGGAUGACACAGAAGUGCAACGCGCUGAACGUUUGCAGGCCAAGAAGACAUACCUCAGGCAUGGAGAUAGGGGAGCUAGCAUGCGGAGAAAGGAGCUCCGUCACUGAAUACCCUCAAGCUCCGACCUUCCUCAUCAAUUCACAGACUUCCGGAUCAUGUCAGAGACACCUGAGGACUUUUCUUAUUACAGAGUUCGUUAGAGGUUUUUCCCCUUAUAAUGUUUCAACCAAGAAGCUGUGAAAUGUGAGACCUGCUGAGAAGGUAACCAGUGAAGAAUGACAUCUCAGACUUACCAGGCAUAUUGAAAUGUAUUUUUGAAAUUUUAAAUGCAAUUGUUUUUUAUUAAUCAGGCAUUACGUGCUAGCAUUUUAUUUAGAGAACAUGAAUACUGAUUUGUCUCUGCUUCCUUUAAAAGCCAUUAUACUCCAUAUGCAUUUAAUGAUUUUAAAAGCCAUGCAUUCAUCAGUCGGAUCAAAUUAUCCAAACGAAACGUUUCGUUUCUCAAAGGUAGUGCUGGUUUUAUUCUGCAAACAUUUCCUGAAGUGGCUGUUAUUGAAAUUCUCUCAAUGUCGCGCAUAUCACCAAAUAAAAAUGUCAACCUAUCA